GUGGUGCCCUUCAACGCAAUGAAUUCAGCCGUGGAAGUAUUUGGUUUGAAUUGCUUCCAUGGCUACACAUAACUUCUAAGAAAACCAAAGCCUCCUUAUCUUACAGGCAUCAUACACACACUAUAAGCUAUGUUGGCAAACCACAAAUAAGCAUAGGCUUCCCAAACCCUAACUGAAGCCCUAGAAACAGAACAGUUAUUUAACAGACCAGACAAACCAGUGCGUUUGAAAGUUUUACAGUAGGCAGAUAAAAAUUAGCAUAAAUACAAUUAGCAGGCCACACUUGCAUGUACCCACAGCACUUGAUCUCCUUUUACUGUAGUGCUUUAGUGCCAGUUUAAUGGAACUAUAGCUGUUGAAAUGUGUGUCAUCUGGUUCCUGCAGAUACUUGUAUAUUUAUCUGAAGAAAAAAUAAUUGAUGGCAGUCUUCAUGUAUUUUCUUUCAUUUUUAACAGAUAAGCAUAAGAAAUGAAUUUUAAUGUUUGUAAUAUCAAAGAGAUGUUCAGCACUCCCACAGCCACUGGGCCUAACAAAUUGUCUAUUCGGAGCAGCACUCUUAGUGAUUACUCCAGCUUGAGUGAUUCUCAGUUCCUUUUUGGUUCCCAGUUCUGUCCAGAGAACUCGCAGCCUGCUUCAGGACCCCAUGAGUUUGGUGCACUCUCAAGACAACCAAGAAGCUCCCAGCAGAACUCUCAGGAUAGUGAGCCUAGUAUUUUUACUAAGUACCAGACAAAACCACAGCUAUUUGGUGGAGAUGUAAAGGAAAAGGGUUCACUUAGUUUUGGUGCUGGAAAACUGAGAAGUGUUUUGGAGCAGUUUGAAAUAAAUAAGAAAAAAAUAAAGGACAAACAUAACAGUGAGGUUUUGCUCAGCUUUAUUUCCCGUGUCAAAGAGAGCCUUCAAGGGGUGAGUAAUCUAAAUUCCAAGCCCAAAACAGAGAGAGGCUGGAAACAUUGUAGUAUACUAGUUUUCUUAUUUUCUAGUUAAUGUAAUAUUUACCUUAUUAAAAUAUUUUAAACAA